ACAUAAAUAAACUGACUAUGAAAGAAGCUGCUGCGCAAAGUUAUAUUUUUUUCAUAGCUGGCUUUGAAACCACUUCGAUGACGUUGAUUUUCGCUCUGUAUGAAUUAGCUCAACAUCAAGAUAUACAAGAUAAAGUUCACAAAGAAAUUGACAAAAUAUUGGCAAAGUAUAACGAUUUAACGUAUGACGGUGUGAACGAAAUGACAUAUCUUCACAAAGUAAUAAGUGAGACUAUGAGGAAAUACCCACCUCUUCCUUAUUUGAAUCGCAUUUGCACCAAAGAAGUAGUUUUACCUACAACAAAUAUUCGCGUGCCAAAGGGGACCUUAAUAACUAUACCAAUGCUUGGUUUGCAUCGAGAUCCGUCAAUAUAUCCGGAUCCGGAUAAAUUUGAUCCAGAGCGAUUCAACGCUGACGAAAUAGAAAAAAGGCAUCCUUACACUUAUUUACCAUUUGGCGAAGGUCCACGAAACUGCAUUGGUGAG